UCAAGCUAUCCCUUAUCAAUUUUCUGCUCCACAAAAACCCUACCAACUUUCUCAAUAAUCUACUCUGUUCAAUCUCUUUCACACACUCUUUAGAUCACACUACACCGACUCCAUUCCCACGCUCCAAUUUCUCAUCUUAGGUUAUUGUUUUGGGUUUUCGGAGGUGAACUGAUCGGAGGUAAAAAAAUUCGCGUUACUUUCGGAAGGGCUAGGGUUUGGUUGUUCUUCAAUCUCAUGAGAAUUGUUAGGGGGAUGCAGAGAUCGCUUCAGCUGGAGAACGAAGAAGAAAUUGGUUGGAGCAAUAGAAGAAAAUCUUUUACCGGAGGAAUUGGAGUCACGUCGCCUAAGGCCAGGACACGUGACAAAUCGAAAAUUAGGGUUUUAUAAUUUACCAAAAUUGGUUUAAGAAAAGAACUUUGUAUUUGUUUGAUUUAGGGGGAAAAGAAUAUUCAGAACAAAUUAAGGGGUUCUAGGGUUAUCGAAAUCUUGAAAUUUGGAAAAGGAUGACUCGUGUUUUUGUUCAAAGAGGUUCUGCUACAGCUGGUUCGUCUUCAUCGUCAAAUAAUACAAACAGGUCGAGUUCUUCGUCUUCUUCGAGUCCACCGCAGGUUCAGGUUGCUCCUCCACAGUUUCUGGAAGCAGGGGAGGAGGUUCAAGAACAGGUUCUUUGUGAAGAUCUUCCUUUAGAAACUGUUGAUCGUGAUCGAAAUGAUGAUAUUGAUGCACCCAUUAGUGAGAAAAUUGAGGAUGAAACUGUCAUGGGUUCUGAAGAUAUUUUGAAAAGAAUUGGUGGGUUGAGGGUAAAUGAGGAGGAAGAAAAAAAAGAUGGAUUAAAGAUUGAUGAUUAUCCUUCUCAGACUAUCGGUGGACGUCCGUAUCCUCCUCCACCACCUGCUCCACCACCGAAACCUUCUUCGGCAAGUUCUAAUUCCCGGAGAUUUGUCCCUGGAAACUCUGCUGGUUUGCGAAUUGGACCGUCGGGAAGAGCAACCGCCUGGCCGGUUGUUUCAACAAGAACAUCGCCGGCAGGAUCUCGAGCUUCAUCUCCAAGGUCUCAUUGCGAAAAUGAUGGCUACAAUAGUGCUGAUGAACAAAACUCUUGCUAUGGAUCUUCUUAUGGUGAUGCUGUGAGUUCUAGUCGUUUUUGUCACUACAAAGAACUGAAUAAUAAUCAGACUAAUACGGAAAGGGAACGUCAGUUCGAGAUUGAUAUUAGACGGACAAAAGGUUAUGAAGUGAAAAGAAUGCUGGAAGAUGGGAAUUGCUUGUUUCGUGCUGUUGCAGAUCAAGUGUAUGGUGAUUCAGAAGCAUAUGAUUUGGCUAGGCAGAUGUGCAUAGAUUACAUGGAACGGGAGAGAGACCAUUUCUCGCAGUUUGUAACAGAAGGUUUCACUUCUUAUUGCAAGAGGAAGAGACGGGAUAAAGUCUACGGGAAUAAUGUGGAGAUUCAAGCAUUGUGUGAAAUGUAUAAUCGGCCUAUUCAUAUCUAUUCGUAUAGCACUGAGCCUAUCAAUAUAUUCCAUGGGAGCUAUAAUACAGACACGCCUCCUAUCCGGCUAAGUUACCAUCAUGGCAACCACUACAAUUCUCUUGUUGAUCCUCGCCGAUUGACAAUAGGUGCCGGGCUUGGUUUUAGCUGCCUGCAGGGGACGAACGUUGAUAAAGAUAAAGUUAAGGCAGCAAUCAAAGCUCAACAAGAUCAACAGAUGGAUAACGCUCUUCUUUGGUCAGAUGUGGAGCUAACCGAGAAAGAAAUCGAACGUAUGGUGAUGGAAGCUUCAAGGGCUGAAUAUAUGGCAAAUGAUAAGUUCAAACAGCAACUUGGUCCAAGAGAAUCUUCAACAUCUGGUGCUGAACCAUCAUCUUCUGGAGGCACAGCAUCUGGAGGUGAGAGUGAAGGAAAGGUGCUGUGCAGCAGUAGCAGUAUGCAGAUGGUGUUGUCAAUGGGAUUCAGCUAUUUGCAGGCAAUGGAGGCUUACAGCAUAUUUGGUGAUGAUGUUGAUUCCAUGGUUUGUUAUCUUCUGGAAACCAGCAGCAGACGCAAAGGGAAGGCCACAGAGUAAUAAAUAAUAAAUAAAUAUGGAAAUAGCAUCAGAUUUGUAGUAGUAAUAGUAAUAAAUAAAAAUGGGUAUUUGCAAAUCUCUGCAAUAAGCCCUUUUAGCUGAAUUGAAUGUUGAACAGCAUCAGCAUUCAGCAUCUCCUGUAUAUGUCUGUUAAAUCUUGCUAUUGCCAAUUAUCAACUCUAGACUAUAUUUCUUUGCUUUUAAAUAUUUUAUUAAUAAUUCUCCUCUGAUUUUUUAUGGCAAAAUUAUAUUCAU